GGCGUCUCAGUUGCCAUGGAGACCAGGAGCCCUGAAGAGCGGAGGUCGGUAGAGUCCGAGAGCUACGAGCUCCCGGGGACAGCGUGGACGCCAAGCUCGCGUCCGGCCGGGUCCAGCCAGCCCCACAGGAAGUCUGCGGUGGCGUACUCUCUCGCCUACUCCGAGGACUUCCACUACGGCUUGGCGACCCAGCCCCGCCGCCGCACGCAGCUGGCGGUCGCGCCGCAGCCCGAGCCACGGCUGCUGCGUCUGCGCCCCUCCUCUCUGCGCACCCAAGACAUCUCGCACUUGCUCACCGGCGUCUUCCGCAACUUGUACACGGCCGAGGUGAUCGGCGAGGACGUGGGCGCGAGCUUGGUCAAGGCCCGCGGCAGCGAGGAUGUGCGCCACGAGAAGUUCGUGGACGAGCUGCAGCAGAUUCGGGAGCUCUAUAAGCAGCGGCUGGAUGAGGUUGAAAUGUUGGAGAGACAUAUCAUUCAGGCCCGCGCACGCGCCCUUGCAGAAAAGGAGCGGACCAUGAACCAGGCCAGAGUACAAGUCAAUGAGGCCCUCGUCAAGUUGCCUCCAGUGAAGACUGUCUUCAGAUGGUGUGUAGACAGCAAUUUGCUACAGAAACAUCAUUUGAUCUGCCCAGAAGAUUACUACAGUGACACAGUGCCAUUUUGCUCUGCACCUAAAGGCACCUCCCAGCCUGGAUAUUCAAAAAUGACAUUUAGUUGUGAGAAGCGUUCCAUCCCAAAGAGAGAACUGAAUGAGAAGCUUAAAGUUUCAUGCAGGGAAAAGCUUGCUGAGUCUGAAGGUGAUUUAGACUACACUAUGGAUAGCCUGACAUGGGACUCAACUCCUAAGGCCAAACAAAGGACCAAAGAAACUGUCAAGAAGAUGAGUUCACCAAAGAAUAAAAACUGGAUGAACCACUUACGUGUGCCACAGAGAGAACUGGAGCGACUUCGGCUUGCCAGAAUGGAGAGUCGGAACCACUUCCUUAAAAACCCUCGGUUUUUCCCUCCUAACACUCCAUGUGGAGGCAAGUCUCUUGUUUUUCCUCCAAAGAAGCCAGCACCAACAGGAAAAUUCUGGAGUGUAGAUCCACAACAGAGUUGCGCUGACACUCCGGUGUUUCUAGCUAAGCCAUCAGUUGUGUUUUUCACAGAUUAUGAAAUUGGACAAGUUUAUGAGAUGGUAAUUGCGCUGCAGAACACCACCACCAGCAGCCGCUACGUGCGGGUCCUGCCACCCUCGACUCCAUACUUUGCCCUGGGACUGGGGAUGUUCCCAGGGAAAGGUGGCAUGGUGGCUCCUGGAAUGACCUGCCAGUACAUUGUCCAGUUUUCUCCUGACUGCCUUGGGGAUUUUGAUGACUUUAUCUUAGUUGAGACGCAGUCAGCCCACACGCUUCUGAUUCCACUGCAGGCCCAGAGGCCACCUCCAGUGCUGACGUUGUCGCCAGUGUUGGACUGUGGUUAUUGCCUCAUUGGGGGAGUAAAGGUGACCAGAUUCAUCUGCAAAAAUGUGGGCUUCAGUGUUGGAAAGUUCUGCAUUAUGCCCAAAAAGAGCUGGCCGCCACCAAGUUUCAGGGCUGUUGCAACCAUUGGCUUUGUGGAGCAACCUCCCUUUGGAAUCCUGCCUUCAGUGUUUGAGCUGGCCCCAGGGUAUGCCAUAAUCAUGGAGGUCUUGUUCCUCCCAACGAGCCUAGAAAAGUCAAAGGAGACCUUCAUCAUUGUGUGCAACAACUGCCAGAUAAAGGAGCUGGUGAUUGUAGGAACUGGGCAGCUGGUUGCUUUGGAUCUGAUCUAUAUUUCUGGUGAAAAAAGUCAGCCAGACCCUGGAGAGCUCACAGACUUAACAGCCCAGCACUUCAUACGAUUUGAGCCUGAAAAUCUUCAGUCCACAGCUAAGAAACAGCUGAUUAUUAGAAAUGCUACGCACGUGGAGCUGGCCUUCCAUUGGCAGAUCAUGAAGCCCAACCUGCAGCCCUUAAUGCCUGGAGAAACGUACAGCAUGGACAGCAUCAAGUACCACCCUGACAGGGAGACCGCCUUCUCCAUCAUGCCCGGAAAGGGGGUUCUCAGCCCCCACACGGACCACGAGUUCAUCCUGAGCUUUUCUCCUUAUGAGAUGAGGAGUUUUCACAGUGUGUUCCAGAUGGUGCUAGAAGAAGUCCCAGAGCCCAUAAAUUCAGAAGUGGAGAACCUGGUGGAUUCCCCAUACACUGUGGAUGAUAUGAUCGUCCUGGAAAUUGAGGUGAAAGGCUCAGUAGAACCUUUCCAGGUUCUCUUAGAACCCUAUGCUCUCAUCAUCCCUGGGGAGAACUACAUUGGCAUAAACGUGAGGAAAGAUUUUAAGAUGUGGAACAACAGCAAGUCACCCAUCAGAUACAUGUGGAGGAAGGUCAGCGACUGCCACAUCAUUGAGGUGGAGCCCUGCACAGGGAUCAUUGAGCCCAAUGAGGUCGGGGAUUUUGAGUUGAACUUUACCGGGGGUGUCCCUGGCCCAGCCAGCCAGGACCUGCUGUGUGAAAUCAAAGAUUCGCCCUCGCCAGUGGUGUUACACAUCGAGGCGGCCUUUAAGGGGCCUGCCCUCAUCAUCAACGUCUCAGCCCUUCAGUUUGGUCUGCUUCACCUGGGACAGAGAGCCACAAACUGCAUCCAGGUCCGGAAUGUCAGCCAGCUCCCAGCUGUGUGGCACAUGAAGGAGAGCUCAGUCUGCCUUAACGAAAGGGAUGAGGAUGUAUCUCCCUUCGACAUUGAGCCUUCCUGCGGCCAGCUUCCCCCUCUGGGGGAGUGCAGAGUGAACGUCACCUUGGAGGCCUUGCACUGCCAGAGUCUGCAGACCGUCCUGGAGCUGGAGGUGGAAAACGGGGCCUGGAGCUACCUUCCUGUGUAUGCUGAGGUCCAGAAGCCCCACGUGUACCUGCAGAGCAGCCAGGUGGAGGUCAGCAACCUCUACCUCAGUGUGCCCGCAAAAGCAACCGUCACACUCAUCAAUGGCACUCUCCUGCCCACCCGGUUCCACUGGGACAAGCUUCUGGGGCACCAGGCACACUUCUGCACAGUGACAAUCUCCCCCAGGCAUGGCCUGCUGGGCCCCAGUGAGGAGCGCCAGCUGAACUUGGAGUUGAUUGCUCACAGCCAGGAAGAGCUGACCAGCCUGACCCUCCCUUGUCACGUGUCAGGCAUGGAGAAGCCGCUGGUCCUAGGCAUUUCUGGGAAGCCCCAGGGACUGCAAGUGGCUAUCGCCAUCUCUGUGGAAGGCUCUGAUAGUAGAAAGCAGUCACCAGGCCAUGAGAAGGAGCUCUGCCUGGACUUUGGCUCAACAGUGCCCCUGAGGACCUGUGUGAAUCGCCAGCUCAUCCUGACCAAUUGCUCCCCAAUACAGACCACUUUCACCCUCAAGUUUGAGUACUUUGGGAGCCCCCACAACAGCCUGAGCAAAAAGACCAGCCUUCCCGACUUGCCUCCUGCUCUGCUAAAGACGGCACGGAUCAGAGAACACUUGGCCAAACGAGAGCAGCUGGAUUUUGUAGAAAGUAUGUUGUCUCAUGGGAAAGGAGCUGCUUUCUUCCCCCACAUUUCCCAGGGCAUGCUGGGGGCCUACCAGCAGCUGAGUAUUGACAUCACAGGCUGUGCAAACAUGUGGGGAGAGUACUGGGACAGCCUCAUCUGCACGGUGGGAGACCUGCCACCAUCAGUCAUCCCGGUGCACAUGGCUGUGGUGGGCUGCCCCAUUAGCUCCCUGAGGACCACCUACUACACCGUGGACCUGUGCCAGAAAGAGCCUGUCAUCAGGUUUGGCACCCAGAUCUCUGGAGGAGACACAAUUACCCGAAAGCUUCGCUUGAAUAACUCCAGCCCCUGUGACAUCCGCCUGGACUGGGAGACCUAUGUUCCGGAAGACAGGGAAGACCGUUUGCUAGAGCUGCUGGUGUCCUAUGGGCCACCCUUCCCGCUGCGGGACCAAGCUGGGAACGAACUCAUGUGCCCUGAGACCUCUGAGAGCAGCUUCUUCCUCUGGUCCCCAGGCCCCUCGAAUGCAUCAGAAUCCAGCCAUGGAGAUGCCCCAUCAGUUGAGGGCAGCUCCAGUGCCAGCAACAGGGCCCCAGAGAAGAUCAUCUCAGUCAUCCUGCAGGGGCACGAGGGGGUGCCCUCCGACGGCCUGUACUCUGUCAGCCCCAAGCAGGUGGUGGUCCCUGCUGGGGGCAGUAGCACCAUCUACAUCUCCUUCACACCCACGGUGCUCAGCCCCGAUAUCCUGCACAAGGUGGAGUGUACUGGCUAUGCCCUGGGUUUCAUGAGCUUGGACAACAAGGUGGAAAGGGAGAUUCCAGGGAAGAGGCGUCGCCUGCAGGACUUUGCCGUGGGACCCCUGAGACUGGACCUGCAUGGCUACGUGAGGCCCGCACAGCUGAGUGUGGCGUUGGACUAUGGUGGCGGCGUGGAGUUCCGGUGCCAGGCCAGCAGCCUCAUCCCCGAGCAGCCCUCCUCAGGGGUACUGAGCGAGCUGGUGAUCACCCACCACCUGAAGCUGAACAACACCACGGAAAUCCCACACUACUUCCGGCUCCUGGUCUCCAGGCCCUUCUCUGUUUCUCAAGAUGGGGCUAGCCAGGACCACAGGGCUCCUGGUUCUGGCUGGGUGCAGGAGCGUGAGGAGGAGACAGCCUCAGUGAGCAAGCAGCUGGUGCUCCAGCCACAGGAGAACAUGCUGGUGAACGUGUCCUUCUUGCUGUCCCUGGAGCUGCUCUCCUAUCAGGAGCUCCCGGCCGACCAGAUGCUCCCCGGGGUGCACAUUCAGCAGAGCGCGAGUGGAGAGAAGGAGCUGGUGCUAACUCAGACGCUGCUCCUGCAGUACAGCAACCAGACCACGCAGGUGGUGCCCCUGCGGGCCAUCGUGGCUGUGCCCGAGCUACAGCUCUCCACGAGCUGGGUGGACUUUGGGAUCUGCUUAGUGAACCAGCAGCAGGUCCGGGAGGUCUACCUGAUGAACCUGAGUGGCUGCCGGAGCUACUGGGCUGUGCUGAUGGGCCAAAAGGAGCCAACCAAGGACGCUGUGGCCUUCAGGGUCUCUCCAAGCAGUGGGAUGUUGGAGGCGAGAUCCACAAAUGCACCCCCAACCUCCACCAUCCUGCAGAUUUUCUUCACUGCCAGGAGCAGUGAGCUGUAUGAGUCCACUCUGGUGGUAGAAGGCAUGCUUGGUGAGAAGGCCUGCAAUCUGCAGCUCCGGGGCCAGGGAUUGUACGAUGAGAGUUACAUGUCGCCUUACCAGCUUUGAGGCUCUGCCCCAUCCCUCAGACCCAGCCUUAUCCCCGUGCUGUAGAAAUAAACAUGAUCUGGGGCUGAG